CCCGCCCAUCAGACUCCGCUGUGUUGACUCAGCCCACGUUAGUAAACAAUUUCACGCGCUCACACCCAUAACAGGCACACUGUGUGUGUUUUUUUAUUUUUGAGCUUUAAGUUUGAUGAAAUGCGAAAUGAAGCCGAAGAAGCGACACGUCCUGCUGCUCUGGAUGCUCGUCUGCUCCGGCAUGACGGAGGCGAUCGAGCCCAUCAGCACCAGCAUAGCGGUCGGCAUGGCUGCGGCUCUGACCGGGUUUCUAGCUAGCUACCAGAACAUACUCUACUAUUUCCACGAGUGCUGUCGACCCGAGUGGAUUUCUUUCAACAGGACAGGUCUCCAGGCUGACCUGGAAAGGAAACUGUUCGGACAGCACAUUGCGUCACGCAUCAUCCUGAAAGCUGUGAGUGGAUUCAUGAGCAACGACAACCCGAAGAAGCCCCUGGUGCUCUCUCUGCACGGAUGGACCGGCACAGGGAAGAACUUUGUUAGUAACCUGAUUGCUGAAAACAUUUACAAGGAGGGAAUGGACAGCAGCUUUGUUCAUGUUUUCACAGCGGAGCUUCACUUCCCACAUGUGGGUCAAUUGGAUACGUACAAGUCUCAGUUACAACAGUGGAUCAAAGGCAAUGUCACCAACUGUGAACGCUCCAUGUUCAUCUUUGAUGAGAUGGACAAGAUGCAUCCUGGAUUGAUUGACAGCAUAAAGCCGUACCUGGACUACUAUGAAAAGCUGGAUGGAGUUUCAUAUCGGAAAUCCAUCUUCAUCUUUCUCAGCAAUGCUGGAGGUGAGAACAUUGUACAGACGGCGUUAGAUUUCUGGAAAGCAGGACAAAUUCGAGAAGAAAUAGAGCUAAAAGACCUGGAAACGGUGCUCUCUGUAUCGGUGUUCAACAGCAAGAACAGUGGCUUGCGGCAUGCAAGUCUGAUUGACAAGAACCUGGUGGACUUCUUCGUCCCUUUUCUGCCUCUAGAGUACCGGCACGUCGUCCAGUGCGCCUUGGCUGAGAUGAAAGCCAGAGGGCUUCGGCCAAACCAGGAAGUGGCCGACCUGGUGGCCAGAGACUUAGUCUAUUUCCCCAAAUCUGAGAGAGUUUUCUCUGUCAAAGGCUGCAAGACGAUACAGAGCAAACUGGACUACUACACAUAAUGUCAACAUCUGAUGGACACAACGUUCAAUCACUGUGUGCACUUUUUAAAGGAAAAUGCUCUCGGCCAAAUGACUGAGAGGAAGCCAAGCUGAUAGAACUCUGAAGAGGUCUCUGCGGAGGUUUCUGUGUCUGAGCCCUUGGCCACAUGAACGAUUUCAGCAGGCUUUCUCUAAUGUCGCAUCUCGCUUACACCAACUGAAGAGGCUGAUGAAAGAGCACAGUGCCAGUUGAAUGAAAAAAUAAUAAGAUGGAAAUGCUAUCCUUUGUAACUGAUUAAGUUAAGGGUUUGAUCUCUGCCUUCUUGUCACACCACAAUGAGUCUCAAGGACGGUUUUGUUCUUUUUGAUGACCAACAGGGCGUCUGUCAGUGAAACUAUGGCAUGUCACUAUUGUGCACUUCUUUUUUUUUUUAUGUGUACUCCAUAUACAUAUAUAUAAUUUGUACGCUUGUGUCCAUAUCCACCAUAUCAGUUUAUACUCUAAAGUUGGCCAUGGUGGGCAGGGCAGGGUCGUCUGCAGGGCUCACUAUUCAAAUACGUAAUGCAGAAAAUUCUGUUUAUAUGUAUCAUAUCAUAAUCAACAUUAGAAAGCUGUUUUUAUACAGUGCAGCCACACAGUUUUAAUAUCUCAUUUGGUUAAUAUGGUCAUUACAAACAGAUUUUGUUUAAUGUAAUAUACACUGUAACUGAUAUGGAUGUGUCCAUAGUGAAACAUUUCCAGAUGUUAUUUUGCCUUAAGAGUUUUUGAACAGCUACAUUUGGACACUUGUGUAUGAACUUGCAACACACAUUUCUUUUUUAAUUCUUAAAAUGCAGACAGUUCGGAAUACUAAAUGUUGAUUAUCCAAUUAGUUUGAUUUAAAAUGUAGCAAAAAAAUCUUUUUUUCAAAACACAAUACUCUGUAACUUUGUUUUUAAAGAGGAGGAAGUGUUAAGUCUGUCCUUUUCAUAUUGUGGAAGGAAAUGUUCCCUUAGGUUCUCAAAAUCCGACACGUUUGUCGUCAGGUUUUGAAACCACAAAAAAAAGAGAGAAAAAAAGUCACAAAUUUUUCUUUACAAUUGCUCAGUUACCUGUAGGUGAAGGGGCUUUUAGUGGACUGUGAAAGAACAUUGUUGGUGUGAAAGGAGAGCAAACACUGGCGAGCUUCUCUACUGUAAACACACCAGACAAACAAAUCACAAAUAAAAUGAGAUUUUCUUAGUG